AUGGCUCACCCGAGGCAUUUUUUUUCUACCAAAAGAUGGCGGGCAAUGCUCAGCAACGAUCCCUACAAAAAGAGGUUGUGUUUGGUUGCAGUUGAUGAAGCUCACUGGAUUUCUCACUGGUAAGUCUAUUUACCCUUUCGCGUUUUCCUCUGUACUUUGACUCUCGUCCUUUUGCAUUGUACAUUGUACGCUUAAAUACUUUAUCAAAUUGAAGCGAAGCUAUUCUUCAUAAUAACAUGUGCUCAAAUUCUGAUUGUAAACCCCUGAAUAUCUAGAUGAAGCAUACACUCUUACAUCAAAUCGAUUUGUAUUAUAUGAUUCAAUUUAAAAGUAGGAUGAGAUAAUGUAGCUGUGCUGUAUUUCUUUAAUGAAGAUGUUUGAGACGUACAUGUGGUAUAUGACAAUCAGAUGCGGUGCUAGGUCCAAUUUCCUCUCUCACUUAAUUUCAUAUUAUUACAAGAAGUCCAACAUGACUUUUUUAUUUUAUGAGAUACUUGCUUUCUUAGACAUAUAUCUAAUCCUAGUUAUAUUUAAUUAGUCUUCAGUUCUUUCUCUGGCAUGUACAUGUAGUAUGUGUUGUUGAUGAAAAUUACAGCUGAGAAUAAUGUUGUGCCUAAGAAUAUUCCUACGUUCCUGUGUCCUCUAAUUUUAAAUGUUCGAGAUUAUGAAUAUCUAGGAAAAGGAGGCAAAGGAAAUGGAGAAUACAACUAAGUUGAAGUGGAACAUACUGUAAAUACUGUCCACAAAUUUAACUUAACCAGGGGUGUACCUCAAAAAUCUAAAAAUAUAUAUUUCAUUGUAUUUAUGUCUUUAAUUGACUUACUUAUUCCCCCUGAAAAACAUGGGAAAUGGCAUUUCCAGAGCCCUAAAAGUAAAAAAAUUUCUGAGAGCAUACCGCUCAGCGAUUGUUUCACUACUCCUUCCUGUGCGUACCUAACUGGAAAAACCACGUUACGCCCCAGUUAACUUAACAUUAUUGUAUGUUUCCAUUUCAGGGGUUAUGCAAUGAAGAAAGGAGAAAUGGCUUUUCGAAAAUGGUUCAGCCGGAUCAAUGAGAUCCGCUCAAUUGUCGGCAAAGUGCCCCUGAUUGCACUGACUGCUACAGCAACUACGUCAACAAGACUCAAGAUCAUGCGGUCUCUUGAGAUGAAAAGCCCAACCCUCAUAAUGGAUAGCGCAAACAGAGAUAACAAAACUUAUGCUGUUCAAGUUAUCACCCCUGAUCCUGCUCAAACAUUUAAGACCUUAGUUCAAGAGUUAAAGGAACACAAAGGAUUAACUGAGAGGACAAUUAUAUAUUGCCAGACGAUCAAAGUCACCACCUUUUUAUAUUCUUUCUUCAUGUCAGAACUUGGUGAUGACAUGUACAUUGACAAUUCUGGUGACCCUAAGAAGAGGACUGUGGAAAUGUUUCACAGCAGAAUUGAUGAUCUUAAUAGAGAUCAUAUUUUGGAGUCAAUGGGGGAACCAAAUGGCUCAGUCCGUGUCUUGAUAGCCACCAUUGCCUAUGGUAUGGGCAUUGACUGCAAGAAUGUCAAGACAGUUCUGCACUAUGGGCCUUCUUACAACCUUGAAACCUAUCUGCAAGAAAGUGGAAGGGCUGGUAGGUCAAACCAUGAAAUGUGUAAGUCUGUGGUUCUUUACUCAAGCCUUAUGAUGAAGCACUGUUCUGAGGAAAUAAAAAGUUAUGUGCGAGAAUCAUCUACAUGUAGAAGGAAAAUACUCCUUAAAAACUUUGAUGUGGACCUCGAAAAAUUGCCUGCGGCUGAACCAGCACAUAAUUGUUGCGACUUUUGCAAGAAAAACUGUAAAUGUCAGGGGGACUGUUGUGAUUUUGUUUUCUUUAAGUCACUGUUCACAGAUAUCCAAGAGGGUCCAACUGAUUGUCUUUCUAGAGAAGUGAGUGAUGCUCAGAGGGCUAAUCUACGUCAAAAACUGCACUACCUAAAGAAAGCCUUGAGGGGACAAUAUUUGCGUAGAGUAAGACUUGAAAAUGUGCCAAUGUUUACUCCUGCAAAGUUGUCUGGUGCAUUUGGAGAUCUGCAUGUGGAACAGGUUUUGAGCAAUUGUGAGAAAAUUUUCACCGUCACUGACAUUUUCAAAUUUGUUGACAUCUGGAAUUUAAGUGUGGCCUUAGAAGUUUUGUUUACCUUCGGCCAAGUCUUUUGUGAUGUUGAUGUGUGUGAACCUGUUGAAGAGCCAGAACACAAUGACACAUCAGAGUUUGCUGAUCUGGACAUUUUUGAUUUUGACAUUGAGGAUUCUGUCUUGGCUGGCAUUCAAGAAGAAAUGUUUUAUACUGCUGAGGAUAGCCUUUUUGCACCCAAUGAAGAAGAGUCUGGCUCUGAUGUUGAGUAA